CUGGGGCCAGAGAAGCGACGAUGGAGGGAGAGACAUACACAUCCACAAUCGGCAGCUAUUAAUUACACAGAGAGCUCCUAGCUUGCCAGCUUGAUUAAGCAAAGGAGUGACGUCGUACUGCACUGCGCAGCCAUGGCGACUCUGGAGACGUGGGUAGGGUUCGGGUCGGCCAUGGCCGGCGUGGGCUUGCUUUGGUCCCGGAUGCCGGAGCACGUCCACGAGGAGGCUAGGUACAUCAUCAGUAGCGUGGUCCCCAUGGUUAUGUCCUACUUCAACCCCUACGAGCAGAUCACCGUGUCCGAGUACGGCGAGGAGCGGUUCCGGCGGAACAAGAUGUUCGACGCCGUCUCCACCUACCUGAGGAGCGCGUGCCUGGGCAGCGCAACCAAGCUCAAGGCCAAGCUCGGCAACAACAUCGGGGAUGACCCGCUUGUGAUUCUAGACGAGAACCAGGAGGUCGUCGACUGCUUGGAUGGUGCUCGCAUGUGGUGGAGGCUGUACCCCAAGGCCUCCAAGAACACAGGGAGCACCAUCAUCAGCAUGUUCCCCGGGGACACGGACGAGCCGCGGUGCUACAGGCUGGUGUUCCACAAGCGCCACCGCCAGCUCGUGCUCAAGACCUACCUGCCCGGCAUCAUCCGGCGGUGGCGCGAGCUAACCGCCAAGGACCGGCAGAGGCUGCUGUUCACCAACCACUCCAAACAAGGGGAGAUCAGCAUGUGGACCAGUGUCCCGUACAAUCCCCCGUCGACGUUCGACAUGCUCGCCAUGGACCAUGCCAAGAAGGUUGAGAUUAUGGACGAUCUCAGGGCGUUCCAGAAGGGGAAGGAAUACCACUCCAAGGUCGGCAAGGCGUGGAAGCGGGGCUACCUUCUGUAUGGGCCACCGGGCACUGGCAAGACCACUAUGAUUGGGGCUAUGGCCAAUUUCCUCGACUACGACGUCUACGACCUCGACCUAACAUCUGUCAAGGAUAACGCCGAGCUGCGGAAGCUCUUCCUCGAUACGACGGACAAAUCCAUCAUCGUUAUCGAGGACAUCGACGCCAUCGAGGUCGAGCUCACUACCAAGCGCAAGGGCAAGAAGAUGGACAACAGCGACGAAGUCGACAACAACCAUGUGCUGGUCGAGCUUUCCAACAAGACUGAUGAUAAAAGCAAAGUGACGCUGUCAGGCCUACUCAGCUUCGUCGAUGGGCUGUGGUCGGCGUGCGGCAGCGAGAGGGUGUUCGUGUUCACAACGAACCACGUUGACAGGCUCGACCCGGCGCUGAUUCGGCCGGGGAGGAUGGACAAGCACAUCGAGAUGUCCUACUGCCGCCUCGAUGCCUUUAAGGUGCUGGCCAAGAGCUACCUGGACAUCACCGAGCACUCGCUUUUUGGUGAAAUCGGGAGACUGCUCGACGAGACCGACACGACUCCGGCAGAUGUUGCCGAUAACCUCAUGCCGCGGGGUAAGAGGAACGGUGAAAUCAGUCGACUGAUCGAUGAGAUCGACGCACCGGCAGACGUGGCCGGUAAUCACAUGCUACGGUGCAAGAGGAAGAGAGACGCGGACGAGUGCCUGGCAGGUUUAGUGGAAACACUGAAGAAGGCCAAGAUGGAAUCAGCAACACCUCCUAUGGACACAAUCGAGGAAGAGGCCAACAAAGAGGAACAAACCUAACACAGAAGAAAGCUAGACAGGGGCUGAUACAUGAUGAGGGCUGCUACUUCUUGGCCUCCUCGGUUUGCGUGUCCUAUUUUACCUGACUUCCGUGUAAUGGUGCGUACGGGUUUAUUAGUCACUUAAGCUAGCAUAAGCCAUACCAUAAAAUGGCAAAAUAUAUAAAAAUAGUGGUGUAUUACGACUUAUGUUCUGGAUCUAUUAUUUCACGCUCCAUAAUUCGUCUGGUCAACCUUGUAAAUUCUGAUAAUUAUAUGUUUAUAUAUAUGUGUGGAGAUUAUGGAUAUCCCAUAUCUA